ACAGGUCAAAGUCUCAUCCACCAUUCACUAUCAAUAGUCUCUGUUUGUGCUGCUCAGUCUUCUCACCAAAACCCUUCACGGCUAUCCAGCUCACCUUCUCCUCAGACCCUUUAGAUCUGUUGGGACCCGGUGUUGAAUCAUGUUGUCCCGUGUGCUGGUGCUUCUUUGGCUGUGUAUCUCUACAGGCUUGGCCGCUACGCUCAUCCAGGCCGCAGGGGACUCGACAGCUGAUGGGUCUGUUUUACCUGAAGCUCAGGCGGAUGGGACACCAAAUGUGGAGUUUCAGGCAGAAGACAUCCUAAAGGAAGAUCCCCUUGCUGUGGAGAAACCAGCAGAGACUCAGAGUGCCACUGAAGAGUCUGAGGACGAUUCAUACUGGGGUCUGAACUCAAUCCGAGGAAGCUUCCAGUCAGUGAAUAGUUAUUUUGACUCAGUGCUGGAGUUGAUGGGAGGACGGGAUGGUGUGUGUCAGUACCGCUGUAGAUAUGGUAAAGCUCCUCAGCCUCGUCCUGGCUACCAGAUGCCUGAACCCGACGGCUGUAGCACCACGCUGCUUGGCUUCCAGGUACCAAACAGUUUUGAUGUGGGUGUUCCAGCCAUGACUAAGUGCUGUAACCAGUUAGACAUUUGCUACGACACCUGCGGUUCGAACAAGUACCGCUGUGACACAAAGUUCCGCUGGUGCCUUCACAGCAUCUGUGGUGAUCUCAAGAAGAGUCUGGGCUUAGUUGCAAAGGUUCAAGCAUGUGAGACCUUUGCUGACACUAUGUAUAACACAGUGUGGACUCUGGGCUGCAGGCCCUUCAUGAACAGCCAGAGGGCAGCGUGCUAUUGUGAAGGAGAAGAGAAAGAUGAGCUGUAAACAUCUGCACAUCAUCUUUAACACCUGUGAACACUCUUUAUGUGUUUACAAUACUGACUCCACGGCAAGGAUCAGCUGUGUUCGAAUUGAGGGGGGGCUGGGGUAGUCCUGGACCUCCUAUAAGCCUUGAGAGAAACCCUAUGAAGCACAAAAAAUAUUAAUUGGGGGGUUGCCUGUUUUUAAUUAAAAUACUACAUGAAUUUAAAAUUCUUGUGCUGAGCUGCAACAAAGUGAUAUUGUCAAAUUUUUUUCCCAAUUUUGCAGUAAACCAAAAGAUUUCUGUCUGAAAUUUCACACUAAUUUGAGGGGUAAAAUGGUUAGGGUUUGAGUUAAGGGUCAUGUGAGGUUUCUUUGAUUAAAACAUUGAUUCAGGACGAAUAAAAAAGCUGAUCCAGGAUCAACAUUACAAUGAUGGGGGCUUGGCCAGGGGGGUGGGGCUUAGCUAGGGGACAAUUCGAACACUGGGGAUCAGUAAAUCUCACAAAACACUUCCAGUUCACAUUCAAAUAUAAAAUAUAUUUAUUAGAAGCCAAAAUAUUUUCACCCCAGUUUGCAUUAUGAUUGCAAUUUGAUUUUUUUUUACUAAUGGGGUUAUAAUAUUAAAAUGGAGUUUUAGUAAUUUUUUUAAAUAAUCACAAGAAAUACCAGGCAGUACAAAAAAUACUACAAUUUAAAUAAUAUUUCAGUAUUUUUCAAAAUUGAUAAUUGGAGUGGAGGUGUCACAUAAAACAGUUUUUUAUUUUUUUGAUGGCAGGAACUUUAGCAAGGGACCCCUUUCCUAAAACAUAUAUCCAUAUAUUUUACAAAGAAAUUUUAAACUGUGAUAGAUAAAUAGUAAUUGUGAUAU